AUGUCCUUCAGUCAGAUGAUGGGCGGCCUCUCGCUCGGCCUGACGCGCAGCAGCGAAGACAAGGAACGCGGCCGGUCCCUGGUGGACGAGAAGGGCAAGGGCCGCGCGCGCUCGGCACACAGCGCGGAGACGUCGCCCGAAGAUGAUCGGCGCGCCCGCAGCACGUCCCCCUUCCGCAUCCGCCGCUCGCGCUCGCGCAACCGCGACCCUUCCCCGGACAUCGAAGCGAUCGCCCAAUCGGACGCCGAGUCCGAUUACGAUGACAUGUCGCGGCGUAUCAGGCCGCGCACCGCUUUCCUGGGCUCGGAGCAGUCCGACGACGAGUCCACGGUGGACAGCGAUUCGGACGACGACUGGAGCGACGACGAGUUUGACCCCGUGACGGAAUCCAAUACGGAACAGAACGCGCUCGUUCCGGCCGAGUACGUUGCCGAGCCCGAGAAUCUGGAACACAUCCAGGAUCCUUUGGGGGAGGGUCCCAACGUCGUUGUCCCGCCCGAGCCCUAUUUUCCUACCACUCUCAACGCGUCCAGCUCGCGCGGGGCUCGUCGACGCAAGUCUACCAGGGUCGACGAUCCAUUGCCCAUACACACCUCACGACCUGUUUUUGCUCGUGAUCGGUGUACGAUCCAGCUCAUACACGGCGAUCCUGAGAAGGUACUGGAUGAGACGGGUCGGAAACCGAAGCGGUACAUGGUUGCUAGCGACCUGAGCGAGGAGAGUCGAUACGCAGUAGAGUGGGGCAUCGGCACCGUUCUUCGUGAUGGCGAUGAGAUGCUCAUCGUGACCGUCAACGAGAAUGAGAGCAAGGUCGACCCCGCGACGCCGAAUGCCGCCGAUCGGACGACCAAGCUCCGUAGCCAACAAGAGCGAUCUGCGCUAGCAUACAUCCUCGUCCGCCAGGCCACGAGUCUGCUCCAGAGGACUCGACUGAACGUGACUGUCUCCUGCCAAUCGUGGCAUGCGAAGAACGCUCGGCAUAUGUUACUAGACAUAAUAGAUUACGUUGAGCCUGUGAUGGUAAUCGUGGGGUCCCGAGGGUUGUCCCAAUUGAAGGGUAUCUUACUGGGCUCGACAUCACAUUACCUCAUCCAGAAGUCUUCGGUGCCGAUAAUGGUUGCACGACGUCGCCUGCGCCGCCCCCCGCGCCGGGCCGCUCACCUUGCACCGCACAGGGCGCGUGUAUCGCUCGCGCAGGCUGGCAUCGAUAGGGUCGCCUCCAAAGUCGAUACGGAUGUCGCGCACAUGCGCGAGGAGCUCAAGCGCGACGAGGAGAGGCGUGCGAACGAGGAACCCGACCAGGACUUGGAGGGUGAGCCCGAGGAGGAGUUGGUGGAUAUGGAGAGCGAGAGCAGCAGCCCGCUCGGUACGAAGGUAGCUGGGUGA